AGGGCCUAAAGAUAGCUGUAAAGGGGCAAAGUAAAUCAAUUAACUCCAUGGUGUUCAUCUCUUGAUAUCAAAACUUCUUUCUUUACACGCUUCUCCUCUGAUCCUGUGGAGAUGAAAAUUGACAUCCAUAAUCAUAUUCUACCAAAAGAAUGGCCAGAUCUAAAAAAGAGAUUCGGCUAUGGAGGCUGGGUGCAGCUCCAACACCACAGCAAGGGAGAAGCGAAGAUGCUGAAAGAUGGGAAGGUUUUCAGGGUGAUCCAAGAGAACUGCUGGGAUCCAGAAGUCCGUAUUAGAGAAAUGGACCAAACAGGAGUGACCGUGCAAGCCCUUUCCACAGUUCCCGUCAUGUUUAGCUACUGGGCCAAACCUCAAGACACGCUAGACCUGUGCCAGUUUUUAAACAACGACUUAGCUGCCACCGUAGCGAGGUACCCCAGGAGGUUCAUGGGCCUGGGGACAUUGCCCAUGCAGGCCCCGGAGCUGGCCGUCAAGGAGAUGGAGCGCUGUGUGAAGGAGCUGGGCUUCCCGGGGGUCCAGAUCGGCUCCCACGUCAACACAUGGGACCUGAAUGCGCAGGAACUUUUCCCUGUCUAUGCAGCAGCUGAGAAGCUGAACUGUUCCCUAUUCGUGCACCCCUGGGACAUGCAGAUGGACGGACGGAUGGCCAAAUACUGGCUCCCUUGGCUCGUAGGAAUGCCAGCAGAGACCACCACAGCCAUUUGCUCCAUGAUCAUGGGUGGAGUGUUCGAGAAGUUUCCUAAACUGAAAGUGUGUUUUGCACAUGGAGGUGGAGCCUUCCCCUUUACAGUAGGAAGAAUCUCCCAUGGAUUCAGUGUGCGCCCAGAUCUGUGUGCCCAGGACAAUCCAAUCAACCCAAGGAAGUAUCUUGGUUCCUUUUACACAGACUCCUUGGUUCACGAUCCCCUGGCCCUCAAGCUGUUAACAGAUGUCGUGGGAAAGGAUAAAGUCAUUUUGGGAACUGAUUACCCCUUUCCACUAGGUGAGCUAGAACCUGGAAAAUUGAUAGAAUCCAUGGAAGAAUUUGAUGCAGAAACGAAGGACAAACUCAAAGCUGGCAAUGCCCUAGCAUUUUUGGGUCUUGAGAGAAAACAAUUUGAAUGACUGAAUUCACUACAAAGGCAAUCUUUCAAGAAGAUAUUUUAUUCUUG